GGCGCACAGCUGGGGUCCUUAUUCUCUCUUGUUCAUUAACAGUGUGGCUUUCUGCUACUAUGAUGCUCAAAAAACUCUGCAGGCAUACCAUUUGCCUAGGACUUUCACUUGUCCUAUUCUGUCUGGACACAGCCAGCACACAAAUUGCUAAGGCCCCAAAGAAAAGAACAGGCACACAGUCAGAGGGCAGCCUGGCUAAGCCAAAUAAUGGUAAAUCAGCCAAGCUGUCCAGUGGUGGCUGCUGCGAGGACAUGCGUAUGCUCAAAAUACAAGUGGCCAACCUGACCAGUCUGCUGGGAGAGCUGAGCAGGAAGCAUGAGUCCGACUGGAUCAACAUACACCUGAAAUCGAUGGAGCUUGAGAACAGCAAGAAGGUGCAUGAGGACCGUCUUUUGGAGGCAGAGAGCAAGAUUUCAGAGAUGAAUGGCCGUUUGGAGAUCAUGCAGCUGCAGGCUGCACAGACAGUGACUCAGACCACAGCAGAUGCCAUCUACGAUUGCUCUACUCUCUAUAAACGGAACUACAAGAUUUCAGGGGUGUACAAGCUCCCUAAAGAUGAAUUUCUGGGAACCCCUGAUUUAGAGGUUCAUUGUGACAUGGAGACUAAUGGAGGAGGGUGGACACUGAUUCAGAGACGCAAAAUAGGCUUGACAUCUUUCAACAGAGACUGGAAACAGUACAAAGAAGGGUUUGGUACAAUCCGUGGGGACUUCUGGCUGGGAAAUGAAAACAUUUUCCGCCUCACACGACAACCCAGUGUACUACGAAUAGACCUUGAGGACUGGGAAGGAGAGACCCGCUAUGCCGAGUAUGGGUUCUUCACCAUCAGCAAUGAAAGAAACAAUUACAAGCUCUUCAUCUCCAACUAUAGUGGCAAUGCUGGGGGCGACUCCUUACGCUAUCACAAUAAUACUAACUUCAGCACCAAGAAUAAAGACAACGAUAAGUGUGUGGAUGACUGCGCACAGCUGAGGAAAGGAGGCUACUGGUACAACUGCUGCACAGACUCAAACCUCAAUGGCGUCUUUUACAGAUAUGGAGAACAUGCUAAAAGCACAGAUGGGAUAACCUGGUAUGGGUGGCAUGGCUCCAGUUAUUCUUUGAAACGUGUAGAAAUGAAGAUGCGACCACAGAACUUUGUAGCGCAAAACUAAAAGGAAGAAACAUUUUGGGGUGGCGGUGAGAGGAACAGCGUGAAAAUGAGCAGAAACGUUAGCCACUAGUAAUAGAGUGAAGCAAUUGAAUAGGAAGAACACUAUUCCUUUUCCCCAGCCAUAAAUGUUGGGCAUUUAUAUGAAAAAAUGAAAUUAUAAUUUUGUAUUUAAUUUUUUAUAUUAUUUUUAUACGUAAAAAAAAGGUAAGAAAUGUACAUGUUUCAUUUUUUUGUCAUGCACAUAGUAAUAUACACCAAGACAUAUUUUUUUUGUAAAGAUUGAAUUAUAAAUGUAUCAGCACCAGACGUAGUGCAAGAUGGAAUGAAGUAGAUUUUAAUGCUGUAAAACAGUAUCAGAAAAUCUGCUCUGAUAAAGAAACUCACUGUGUGGGAGAAAGGAGAGAAAAUAUGAAAGCAACACAACAGUUGUUAAAGAAAUGAUGUACCUCUCUUGAAGAAGUACUGUUAGCUUGUAAAAAUGUGUACAGUACAGCUGUAUUUAAAUAUAACUUGUAUUCUUUAUAUGUAUAUAUUUUUUUCCAAAUGAGCACACUGCUUCAAAAAACAGACUUCCUCAUAAAAUGCUAUAAUCCCAACUUAAAAUGAGAAUGAAUGUAUCACUCUAAUGCAUAUCAAGUUUCUAAUGCAGAAAAUAAGAGCAUUUCUCUUAAAUGUACUUGCUCUUCCAGCAUUGUAGCUUCCUCUCCACACAAAAAACAAGGGUUGCUCACCCUCUUUACAUGAGGUAGAAAUGACAGCUCUGCAGAGGACACUGUUGGUGUGAUAUAGCUGGGUCCCCAAAAGAAGCUCACCAAGAACCAUUCUACAUAGUAUGCUGACAAAAAACAGAAACCAAACCAGGGGGUGGUUGUCUAUAUCAAAAACCUUUACAAAUUAUGUAUUGAUUUAAGAACAGUAUUUAAGAAGGUGAAAAAACCUAGACAAAUUUGAUAAAAAUGUACUUGUAUCAUUGACACCAAGCAAGUUUUACAUCUUUGGGUAUGCUCCAGAGCAUUUAACUCUAGAUUCUGCAGUGGAAUUUAUGAUCAAGCCUAUGUAUCAGUGGUGUAUACCAUAUCUGGUGCUAUGCAGAAUAAGAAUAGAUAAAAAAGAAGGCUAUGGGUAAUGGGGACAGGGGAAAGACACAUUAACAAGCAAUUUUUAGAGACAUAAUGAGGAGCACAAAAGGUGUUGCGAGCAAGAGAAGGAUGUUUAGUCAGUUACUGAAAGACAA